AUGCAGGUUAUUAAGAUUGUUUUUAAGGCUCCUAAGACUCCUAGCAAGUGCAAGAAGAAGAACGCAGAUUCUCUUAAGAAGAAGGUUCUAGCUCUAGAGGCUAAGGUUAAGGGUCUUGUUAACUUGCUAUUCUUAAUUAAGAGUAAGCCGUCUAAGGCUACUAAAGAUAGCUUCUAG